CCCUCCCACCCCAUCCCGUUCCCCCACAGCCCCAGACACCCGGCUGGGCUAUUGGAGGACAGCCACUAUUGGGGCUGGCUCGCCCCUGGGGACAAUAUAAGUUCCCAGCAGGGGGGUUUCUGGCUUGAUUGGCCGCAUCCUGCCUCUCCCCUCGGCGGCGGCCAUGCCAGACCCCUCCGUGCAGCCCCCCUCCUCCUCUCCAUGCAUUAAAAGCCCGGCAGCCCUUCCCCAGCCAGCGCACCAGCCCGUGGAGCCGAGCGGGGCUCUCGCACGCCGAGGAGGAGGGGACGGGGGAUCACAGUCCCCAGGAGCAGUGACCCUGGCCGGGGGCAGGAUGUGGAGCCUGGCCUGGCUGGGCAUGGCCAGCCUGUGCCUGGGGGCAGCCUGGGCUAUGCCAGUCAAGGAGAGGAGGAAGGCCGAGAAGCCAAAAGCUGACCUGGCCCUCUAUGAAAACCUGGACCUGGACAACUAUGACCUGACUCUGGACAGCUAUGGGGAGAUCCUCGACCUGAGCAACUACGAGGAGCUCUACGACUACGGGGACCUGGCUCCCAAGAUCGAGGUUGGCACCUUGGCUCCUCGCCCCAAGGACCCCGAAACUCUCCCAGACCUGGGUGCCACGGCUGAAACCCCGAAACUGCAGCCUCCAAGCACUGCUGGUCCCAUCCACCCAGCGCCCAUCCCCGUGCAGGGGCUGCCCAGCUGCCUGCUCUGCCUGUGCAUCGGCACCUCCGUGUACUGCGACGACGCCGACCUGGAGCACAUCCCGGCCCUGCCCCCGGAGACCACGUACCUGUACGCCCGCUUCAACCGCAUCGGGGCCGUGCGCGCCGCGGACUUCACGGGGCUGGAGAAGCUGAAGCGGAUAGACCUGAGCAGCAAUUCCAUCUCCUGGGCGGACGUGGACGCCUUCCGCCGGCUGCCCAGCCUGCAGGAGCUCAUCCUGCCCGAGAACAGGCUGACGGCCCUGCCCGAGCUGCCCCGCAGCAUCGUCCGCCUCGACGCCCGGCUCAACAGGAUCCCCAGCGCCGGCCUCCGGCCCGAGGCGUUCCGGGACCUGAAGCAGCUGCAGUUUCUCCACCUGUCCGAUAACCAGCUGGAUUUUAUCCCGGCGCCCCUUCCCGAGAGCCUGCGCUCCCUGCACCUCCAGAACAACAACAUCCGGACGAUGCACGAGGACACGUUCUGUGACAGCCAGGACCACAGCCAGGUCCGCAGGGCGCUGGAGGACAUUCGCCUGGACGGCAACCCCAUCAACCUCAGCCUCUUCCCCGACGCCUACUUCUGCCUGCCCCGCCUGCCCACGGGCCGCUUCUCCUGAGCCCCAGUGCUGGGAAACCCGGGGGAACAUCCCCAGAGCACCCCAGAGCCCUCAGCCCCUGCUGCCCGUGGAAAACGUGAGGUUAAGGCUGCUGUGUUUCACCCCAGGGUGAGCUCAGGCCCGGGGCAGAGCAGGGAUAAUAAAGUAAUAAUGAAAUGAGGACUUUUAAA